AUGGCUAAUGCCCAGCUCGUCCUAUUCAUCCGCAAUGACAGCAACGCAGGUGCAGUUUAUAACUUUGCCAUCAUGUGGCGGUGCCCUGCCCUAAAGUUACCGAAGCCGGUGGCAAUGCUCUGUGGUUACGGAACUGAAAGCAUGGCGUUUUUUCAGAUGCCUGAACGUCGGAAGGACAGAACCGCGCACAUAACAAGAGAACGCCGGCCGCUUGCGAGAUGGAGCGCCUGCCGGAGGAGCUCCUCAUGCGCGUGGUCUCGCUCACGUCGCCGCCGCGCGGCUGCCGUCUCCCGGGCCUUCCGCGCCGCGGCGGACUCCGACGCCGUGUGGUCCAUGUUCCUGCCCCGUAACCUCCCGCGGUUCGCCAAAGGCGAGCUCCCCCGCACGCCGCCGUCGAGCAAGAAGGAGCUGUUCCGGCGCCUCUCCGACCAGCCAGCUCUCCUCCCACACAAGUUGAUGAGCAUGCAGCUGGACAGGGCUACCGGCGCCCAGCGCUUCACGCUUUCGGCGAGGGCGCUGCAGAACCGGGCACCUGUAGCUUCGCUUUCCAACUGCAGCAAAGGAAACAAAAGGAUCUUCUCCGAAGCCGCUCAGUUCUAUCGUGUCAAUGAGUUGGAGAUCCGGGCCAAGGUACAAAGGAAGAUGCUCUCACAGAACACAACAUAUGCCGUAUACUUGGUGUUCAAGCUAGAAUAUGUAUACUAUGAGUUCGGAUUCCCGUACGAGGUGGCCUCCGUUGGUGUUGCUGGGAGGGAGUCGACCCGACUAGUUUCCGUGCAAGGCAACAUCAAGGAUGGAGAUGGGGAUGGCAAUGCGCCUCAUAGACACAUCUUUCAAGGUUGCAGAGGGACUCUUAGUUGUGACGCAAUUACUUCAGGAGAGGACAUUCAUUUCCCUCGUGAAAAUGCCGAUGGCUGGAUGGAAGUGGAGUUGGGUGAGUUCCAUAAUGACGAAGCCGACGAUGGUGGUGAGGUGUCCAUCAGCUUCACGGGAGAAAGCAAGUCUUGUCUUAAAGUGUUGGGCAUUGAACUCAUAAGUAAGCAACAAAAGCCUACAUAAUUGUAGCAUUGCCAUUGAGUAACUCCUGGGAGUUAAAAGGGGACAUUUUUGAAGUUUCUUUGUUACAUAGUGAUUUUUGUUUCCUCUCAUGUUCUAGUAUUUUGUCCUGAACACAGUUAAUAGAAAUUCUUAGAAACAUGUAGGAGCUUUAAUUACCUCUUCGAGCUCAACUAAAAAGAUACUGCUAGUUCAUUACUGCCCGCAACAACACCAGAAGAAUAUGGGCAGAGAAUUUACAGGCCAGCCAGUGAAAAACCUGGGAUUUGAACCCAUGUAAUCC